ACAGGAUUUCGAACGAGAGUCGCACAUGCAGUUUUUGACACGCCGCGUAGUCGUGGGACUCCUUUUGUGGGAUUUUUUGGACAGAAGCGGUGCUUUUUGGCUGCCGUCCCGGCUCCCUCCCCGGGUCGCAGUCAGUAAUGUGGUCCGCUUGGAGGCCACAAAAAGUAAGGGAGAGCUGUCUUGGCAAGAGUCCUUGGAGCUACUCAUGUCGCCGACCACUGGCAUGGCUCAGCGUCAGGUGCUUUUUCAGGACGUGGUCUCCCGGGCCCCCGAGAUCCGCAAAGACGUGGAGGAGGCCAUCCGCGAAGGCUCUGUGGAUGGUUUGCUGACCGAUGGCAUCAAAGCUGUGCUGGCCUCUGAACCAGAGCAAGCUGCCAAGAUACUCCUGGAAGAAAUGCCUAAACUCGCACAGCGCUCUUACGAGAACUUGCCGAAGAACCCGAAAGAGUUGGCGGAGACUCUGCGAGAGGUUUCGACUGCCUUGCCCUCGGAGGCCCGCACUGUUUUCCUACGGACGCCCGAAGGCUUGGAGACCCCCUCCUUCCAGGUCCUUCACGAGGGCCACGGUUACGAGAUACGCGAGUAUGACCCGUACACAGUCGCCUACACAGAAAUGGGCAGCAGUGACGCCAAGGCCGGGUCCACGAGUGCCGGGCCGGUGCUGGGCAGUCCCACCAUGACAGGGGGCGCCUUCAACACGCUUGCCGGCUACAUUUUUGGCGCGAACGAGGCCAAGACGAACAUGGCGAUGACCACGCCUGUCGAGAUACGGAAGGAUGCCCAGCAUCGCGGGGCCGGGGAAGCUUACAGCAUGCGUUUCAUCAUGGCUUCUCCCUACACCACCGAGACGGCCCCGCGGCCUAUGGACAGCAAGGUCCGUUUGACCACCACCGCCCGCGAACGGCUGGCGGCAAGGGAGUUCGCAGGCUUUGCCACAGAGGGCGAGGUACAGCGGCAGUUGAUCUCGUUGCUGUCCCUGUUGGAUAGGGACGGGGUGACCGUUGUGGACCCUGCGUCUUACCGCAUCUUCCAGUACAACCCCCCGUACACCCUGCCAUGGUUGAGGCGGAACGAGAUUCUAGUCGAGGUGAGGGGUGGACCCUCGGUUGGGACGGUGAAGGUGGAAGAGCCAGUGCUUGUGGAGACGACAUUGGUCAAUGAGGAGGAUGAAGGCGGGGAAGACGACCUGAGCCCGUCAGACUACUAGGGGUGGGAGCCGGUUUUCUCUCGGCUGGGUCUUUGUCUCGGAGAAUAGCUUCAUUCAUGUGGGAGGCGACAAGACGAAGAAUUCGGGACUGCUUUGUAUGUUAGUGUUUCAUUGGUAUAUCAUGGGGUGUAAGGGGUCGAGAGGAGGAAUGCUGGCGACCUCAUGAACUUUGUUGAUUUUUUUAGAAUUGUGUCAUCGAAAAAUAUACAAUGUCGAAGUAAAGUUUAUACACUCUGGGUA